AUGCAGUCAACUGUUCUUUUCCUUUUGGGCAUCCUCUUCCUGGAUCAAUGUGGAGUUCAAGGAACCCUCGUAAUAAGAAAUCAACGUUGCUCCUGCAUCAACACUCGGCGAGGCACGAUCCACCACAGAUCCUUAGUAGACCUCAAGCAAUUUGCCCCAAGCCCUAAUUGCAACAAGACUGAAAUCAUCGCUACACUGAAGAACGGAGUUCAAACCUGUCUGAACCCAGAUUCCGCAAACGUGAAGAAGCUGAUGAAAGAAUGGGAGAAGCAGGUCAGCCAAAAGAAAAAGCAAAAGAAGGGGAAGAAAACCCAGAAGAACAAGAAACCCAGAAAAGCUAAAAAACCCCAAGGCCCUCGUUCAAAGAAGACUCCUUAAGAGACCACUUUACCAACAAGCGCUCUGCGCUGAAAUGGUUUUUUAGAUCACACUGAAAUGCCUUCAGUGGGGAGCGGGCGUUAAUACAUAAGCUCAUUAACUUGGCUAGAAAAUAUAAAGCAUGAUUUUGAAUGUAUAACCAAUGCUAGAAAGUUAAUCGUAAAAUCCAAAUAGUAAGGAUUGCUAGGGGCAAAAACUGUCUUUGUGCUAAUCAGCCAACAAAAUUUCAUCGAGCUCUUGAGCACCGUCACGAUAAUAUCAACUCUGGGCAAGUGUCCACACAUACUCAUCCCAUGUGCAACAGCUCUCUGGGCUUCUAGCCACACAUUGCAGCAUCCAGAGGGUUCUGAGACCCCUGUCACCAAGCCUCAGCCUGUCUGUAUGCUGGUGAGCAACACCUCACCCAGCUGGCCAUCAGCAGUGGCACUCGGGUCAGCCUACAGGCCCGAACGCCGCAGUAUGUCUCAGAGAUCCAUGCUAAUGGUUUUUGGCUUUCACGGUCAAGGUCACUAGACUUGGCUUUCGGAACCUCCCACGUAGCUUUUGAGACCAUGUGAUCUCAUUGUUGACUUGAACCUGUCUUCAAGGCUCAUUUCAAGUUUUGCUUCUUAAAUAAAACCCUUGUAGAGGGCUCCGGGCAGAGCUUCUUGGUAGAGCGUUUGCCUUAUAGACAAGGGCCUAGAGUUGAUCACUAACAGUGCAAAAACUUAAGCAGUUAAAAAAAGAUUGU